AUGUCCUCAGCAGUUUGGUGGGGGGAGGGGGGAGAGUGGCGGAGAUACCCUGAUGAUGGAGAGUCCAGUGAUACUCCGACAACAGCCAAGCCUCUUCAGUUAUCAUCAGUCAUCGCAGCACCUGUCCAGAUACGAGCCAUGUACAUGCCACCCCUGUCGCUCCUGCUGCUCCUAUCGCUCCUGCCACAGUGGUCCUGGGUGCGAGCCGCAUCACUGCCAACGGAGAUGGUCUGGAUGAAGAACAAAGUCCACAUUAUGGCCGAACAACUGGUGCGCAAAAUCAGCACCAACAUCAGUAUCCCGCCAAACCUGUCCAAAAGCGCACCAUCGGGGGAAUACUGCGUCUGCUCCGUGGUCCAGUACCUGAACAUCUCUUCUGGGCUUAUCUCCAACAACUUCUCCUAUGCCCUGGAACUCAAGGGGGAGAUGGCCAGUCUGAGCAGCUUCGUGGACCAGGUCAAACAGUGCCACUGCAGCAGUAGACCCGUGAAAGCGGUUCCCAAGGAGCUACUGAAGCUUCAGCAGCCACGGCCGGUGUUUUUCUACAGCGUCACCCUGAGUACUUUCCAUCUGGUUAAGGAGUACCUGAAAAAACUGCAGCUGAAUUUGAACCACCUAGAUAAGUGCACAUAGAAUAUUCUUUAUUAAUAUUAUUAUUAUUAUUUAUUUUUUUUUAGAUUUAAAUGUUAUUAUAAAUAUUAUUACAUUAUUUAUUUAUUUUUUCAAGAUUUGCAUCCACCCCUACAAAAAAGAAAAGUAUAUUUAUAUUAAAUAUAUCGUGCAGUCAUUUUGACAAUGACAACUAUUUAAAUUACUAUAUUGAUUAGUGGAUUAGUUAACGAACAGUAAAAGUAAAAAAUGUGUUAUUUAUUUGCACUGGUAAAAAUGUCGUGUACAGCCUACUUGAUACUUGAUUUGUUUAAAAC